AUGUCGUCUCCAGGUGCCAUGAAAAGACCAAUCCAAAUCGAAGAAUUUAAAACUGCUAUCAAAGAUAUGUCUGAGGAGGAGUUGAAAAAUAUAAGAUAUCAGAUUGAAAAUAGUGUUUCCCAUUUAGAAAGAUCAAAUAAGAAGUUGGAAAAAUAUAUUGCAAAGUUAGAGGGUCUAGAGCAGGAAUAUGCAGAUGAUAGUGAAGAGGUUGAAAACAUUGAGGCUGGUGAUUUGCAACUCUUUAGAGACUCUGUCAGAGAAAAUCAAAUUGUGCUGAAGAAUUAUAAUAAGAGAUUAGAUGCUUUAGACCAAGAAAAUAUUUACAGAACUAGUGGACACGUUAAGCCUUCUGAGUCAGUUUCCCAUUCAGCCGCAAUUUCCACUCCCAAAGCAUCUAACUCAAUCUACUUAUAA